UGGAUUUGAAGUUAUGUGAAUCUCAACUUUUUCACCUUUUUCUUGAAAUCUUCAUCCAUUCUUGGUGCAUGUAAUUUGUAAGCAAGUAAUUUGGUGUAAUUACAUAUAUUAAGUAUUUUUAUCAAAAAAAACAAAUUAAACAUAAGAAUAUAAAUUUAUACUCUCUCCCAUUUGACCUUUUUUUUUUUACUCUCCCAAUUUUUUUUCCUUUUGUUUUUUUGGGAGCAGAGUUCAUUUUCUCUCUCCUCAAUUUCAAACAAACAGCAAACUUCCAAAGCUUACACAAAUUAUUCCACCGAGUAGUUCUUGGGGUUUUGCUCUGAUAAACUUACCCACCCAAAAAAUUUGGCAUCAUACCCAUUAAAAACACCCUUUAAUAGUUCAUAGUGGUUUAGGUUUAGCCGAUUUGGGGCCUCAUUUCAUCAUCUUUUUUAUCAGUUUCUAAUUCCCAGACAUUGUUUUUCUUGUUUAAUUGCAUCUUUUUUCUGGGUUUCUUCUCACUCACUGGUUAAAUUUCACAAAAAAAACCUUUUUUUUUUCACCUUUGUUGCUUGCAUUUUAAAGAUUUUUUUACAAAAAUAAAACUUUUUUUGGGGGGGAAAUUUAGAAUUUCUUUAUAAUCGAAGCUAUUAAAGUGGAAAUUUGAUGUUUUUGUGAUGUGGGUUAUUUAUUUUGGAAAUGGGUUUUAUAGAUUAUGAGCUGAUUAUGCUUAGUUUGUUACCAAUUUUGGUAAAAACUUAGGGGGAAUUUUUUUUUUAAUGGGUUUUUUCGCCUUGCCAUUGAAUUUCAAGAAGUGAAGAAUUAUCAGCUUCAAUGACCUAAUUGGGGUUGGAAAAAUUUGAACAAUUGAGGAGGGUUUGGUGAUGAAUGAGAAAUGGAUAAUAAAUUUAUUCAACCUCCUUUGGUUGAUACAACAGCAUGCUUGUGUAGAGUUGAUGCUGGUUUAAAAUCUGUAGCUGGAGCAAAGAAAUAUGUCCCUGGGACAAGGUUGUGUCUUCAACCUGACAUCAAGCCUUCCAUUCAUCCUACACGGCAGAAGCCUUCACGUGGUGACAGAAGUCGCAGUCAGUCUCCUCUCCUUCCAGGUCUCCCUGAUGAUCUGGCCAUUGCUUGCUUAAUUAGGGUUCCAAGAGUAGAGCACCGAAACCUCCGAUUAGUCAGCAAAAGAUGGUACCGUCUUCUUGCUGGCAACUUCUUUUAUUCAUUAAGGAAGAGUCUAGGAAUUGCAGAAGAAUGGGUAUAUGUCAUUAAGAGAGAUCGAGAUGGUAAAAUAUCAUGGCAUGCAUUUGACCCUGCCUACCAACUCUGGCAACCCCUUCCACCUGUUCCCAAAGAGUUCUCUGAAGCUUUAGGAUUUGGAUGCGCAGUUCUUAGUGGCUGUCAUUUAUACCUCUUUGGAGGCAGGCACCCCCUUAAGGGCUCAAUGAGACGUGUUGUAUUUUAUAGUGCCAGAACAAAUAAAUGGCAUCGGGCUCCAGAUAUGUUACGCCGUAGACAUUUCUUUGGUGCAUGUGUCAUUAACAACUGUCUGUAUGUAGCAGGUGGGGAGAAUGAGGGUAUACACCGUUCCUUGAGAUCAGCUGAAGUUUAUGACCCUAACAAGAAUAGGUGGUCCAUAAUCUCUGAUAUGAGUACAGCAAUGGUGCCUUUCAUCGGAGUUGUUUAUGAAGGAAAGUGGUUCUUAAAAGGGCUUGGGUCACAUCGUCAGGUUUUAAGUGAAGUAUAUCACCCAGAAUCUAACAGCUGGUAUCCAAUUUAUGAUGGAAUGGUUGCAGGUUGGAGGAAUCCCAGUGCCUCUUUGAACGGGAAGCUCUAUGCCUUGGACUGCAAAGAUGGAUGUAAACUUAAGGUAUAUGAUGAGGCGAGUGAUUCCUGGAGUAAACAUAUCGAUAGCAGAGUUCAUCUGGGAAACUCCAAGGGUUUGGAGGCAGCAGCCCUUGUUCCUCUUAAUGGGAAGUUAAGUAUUGUACGCAAUAACAUGAGCAUUUCUUUGGUAGAUGUCUCAAGAUCUGAGCAUGCAGGAAGUGCAGCAACUACUGAUGAUCUGUGGGAAACAAUCACAGGGAAAGGUCAGUUCAAGACUAUGAUGUCGAAUAUUUGGUCAAGUAUUGCAGGUAGGAAACGCCUAAAAAGCCAUAUUGUCCAUUGUCAGGUUCUUCAAGCUUGAAACUAGGGUAUACAACAAAGAAUCGGAAAUAGGAAUUUUGUGCUGUGUUUAUGGCGUCUCUUGAUGUAGCAACCUUUAGGCACAUGAUGUGCCUAAAUUUUGCUAUAUUAGAGCGAGUAAUGUACAAGCCUAUUAGCGUUGUGUUUUUAUAUUAUAUUGUAGCUCAUGCACCAAAUAGAUCUUCUAUCUAUUGCACAUAGUUUAUAUAGUGAAUCAUGCUCUUCAUGGUUUAUGCCUUGUAGAAGUUAUUAUGAAAGUUAUUGAUCACAAGUUCACAAACUUAACAUUUUCAUGCAAAUGAAUUGGUGCAUUUA